UGAGAUAAACAAAAACAGAGGGUUCGUGUAAUCAUGAUCUUUCCAUGGUGGCUGGGAAGGUGAGAAUGGCAAUGGGGCUACAAAAGUCUCCGGCGAGUUCGAAACGAGAAACGCCACCGAAGCCUCCAUUGUUGUCGCCGAAUCCGAGUCCGACUAAUAAAUCUCCUCCGAAAGCCGUGUUCUCACGCUCCUUCGGCGUGUACUUUCCACACUCCUCCGCUCAUGUUCAACCUCGCCCACCUGACGUCACCAAGUUGCUUCGCGUCGUCAAAGAUCUGCGCGAGCGAGAGUCGCUGUUGAAAACCGAACUCUUGGGGCACAAGCUUUUGAAAGAGUCGGUGGCUAUUGUUCCUGUCCUGGAGAGCGAGAUCUCAUCCAAGAAUGCAGAGAUUGAUAGAGCUUCGAAGCGAGUGGAUGCGUUGGAGAUUGAGAACCAAAAGUUGAGAAUGGAACUGGAGGAGUUGAGGACAAAGAUUGAAUACGAAAGAGAAGAAAGCGAGAAGAAGUUGAAGGCAAUGGAGGUUGAAAUCUCAGAGUUGAAGAAAACGGUGUCGGAUCGUAGUAGUAGUAGUAGUAUUCUAAUAGAAAGCGAGGAGCUCUCGUCUUCGCAAAGGUUUCAAGGCUUAAUGGAAGUCGCUGUGAAAUCAAAUCUCAUUAAGAACUUGAAAAAGCUCCAUGUACUUUGUUCUUAUAGAAGUUCUUAA